AUGGAUUCGAUGGUGAAGAAACUGAAGCAAAAUCUGAGUUCUGGGUCGUUCAGGAAAAAGCCGGAGAAAAGCACGAAGAAGGAACAGAGGUUCUUGGAGAACGGAAGCAUCUUCUUGAAAGAGCUCAUCGCUGACUGCAACGGCAAAUCCAUUCCCAUACGCAGCUUCACUACUUCCCAAAUCCGAAAAGCCACCAAGAACUUCGACUCCACUUGUUUCGUCGCCGAAGAAGGUUUCUACAUAUGGUACAAAGGCAUCAUCGAAAACAGAUCAUACAUGAUCAAGAGAUUCUCCGAGUAUAAAGUCACAGAUCGCCGAGUGGGAGAAGUCUACAAAGACAUCGUCCUCUCUGCUCGGAUGAGCAACCACAACAACUUCCUUAAACUGCUUGGAUGUUGUCUCGAGUUCCCUUUUCCUGUUCUGGUCUUUGAGUUCGCAGAGCAUGGAGUUUUGAAUCAUAGAGGACGUAUUAUGAUCAACGGAGAGGAAUCUUCAUUGCCGUUGAGUUUAAGGUUGAAGAUUGGGAAGGAGAUUGCAAAUGCAUUGGCUUAUCUUCACAUGGCUUUCCCUAAGAUCAUUAUAUAUAGAGAUGUGAAGCCAAUGCAUGUUUUCUUGGACGAGAAUUGGACCGCAAAGUUGUCUGAUUUGUCCUUCUCGAUAUCGCUUGAGGAGGGAAAAACACAGAUAGAAGCUGAUGACGUGUUGGGUACGUAUGGGUAUCUGGAUCCAUUAUACUUUGCAACAUUGAUUGUGACAGAGUAUACGGAUGUGUACAGCUUUGGAGUGUUUUUGAUGGUUCUUCUCACUGGGAGAUCGGUUUACUUCACAGGAUCUGAAGGGUAUCCGGUAGAUAUUCUUGGAUAUGUGAAGGGGUUAUAUGAGAAUGACAAGCUCAAUGGAGAAAUAGAUUGUAUGUUGAUGAAAGACAUGACAAGAGCUCAAAGAUCUCAGGUGGAAGAGUGUAUUUUACUUGCGUUGAGAUGCUGUAAGGAGAGGAAUGAAGACAGACCGAAGAUGAUUCAUGUAGCUAAGGAACUAAAGCGGAUUGAGACUUCAUUUUGA